AUGAUGCACCUAGACCAAUCCUUUAUCAAUUUGUUCUACGUGGAAGCACUUCUUUCCAUUGUAUUCAUAGCAUCCGUCAUACUAAUUUGUCUCAAUUUAAAAUCCCCUUCCAUUAAUCGCAAUAAUCACAUUAGCCCCGAGAAGGAAAAACUUAAUUCAAUUGAACUACGGAGUCUCCAAUCAUCGGAUAUACUAAAUGUGAUAACCAACCCUAGCUGUCCUAUAGUGGUAUCAUUCGAAUUGAACCAUACAGUCACUGCGUGGAUACCGAGCUCAAGCGAAAAACAUGUUCUAGUGACAGAUAUGUGGCCCGUAAACCACAUCGCCAUCAGUGAUGAUGGAGUAUACAUCAUCUUGAUCUGUUUCAAUAAGCAAUCAAUCUACUGUUAUGAAAAUUUCCAAUUAAAAUGGACACAACAACAUCCCAGCAUUAACAGAAACUCAAAAGUGUUGGAGUCAUUCUUUAGACAUAAAACCGUCCCAGGAUUUUUGGCUAGAAAGUUGUUAAGGGCUAAACGUGGAAGCUCAAGCUCGCUAGCAACCGAUUCGCAUAGCGCUAUUAUUCGUUGCCCUGACUCGUCAAUACUAACAACUACCCAGCCAACGCCGUUUGUUACUCCACCUUCCCCUUCAGCUCGAACCAAACCAGCUGCAACAGUAAAACAUGAACACAUUCCUGAAGAUUUUGUGCUAGUACUCAACAAUGGUACAGUGUUGGUUUUCUCUGCCGAUGAUGGCUCUUUGCAUGAGCAGAACUUUGAACCAUUUUCUGCUGCUGCCAAAGUUAAAACACCAAGGGUCAAUGAUAAAAUUAUUUGUCAAAAGACCACUGGGGAGUUCAUCAUUGGUAUUGUGGUUAAUAACAACUUUGUUUUUCGAGAAUUCCCCAUCAAAGUGUUUUCUCGUGGGACGUACGUAGCCACUACAAUGAAGCAAUCUCAUAGACUUAAUACUUCUGUUAUCAUUCCCAUUGAGUUUAUUGGUAUGGUUGUAUCUGUUUGUGACUUUACAGCAAGUUUGAUAGAUGUUCAAACAGGUAUUGUAUUGAAAACAUUCAACAUUGGACAUUUUAAACCAGGUACAUUUAAAGUUGCCCACUCACAGCCAACCCAUUGUAAAUUCUGUGGUUGUGUGUCAGUAACCUCAUUGUCAUUGGUGUAUGAAGAUGACUCGGGCAUUUUAAUUGUUCACACGUUUAAGAUUGACCUGCAAAGAUCAAAAAAUAGCAUCUGCCUUCGUGCUGAAAGAGAUCCACGAGAGAUUAGAUGUCUUGGUUUCAGUGCAGUUUGUGAAAGUCAGUAUUGGUAUGAAGAUAUAAAGUGUUGGCAGGUCAGUGAUGUGAAUAUGAUUAUAGGGUUUGAGAAAGUCCAUUGUCAAGAGAAAUCAUCAUCGACAAAGACAAAUAUAUCAUCCUCAGUUUUUGAAAAUCAAGGGCUAAAUUCACUUCGUCAACGAAACGCCAAGGCAAAUUCCACCACAAGGGAAUCAUAUGAAGGUUUUAUUAUCUCUUUGAGCGAUGGGAAAAAAACUGCUUACCCAUUACAUCUACAAUCGAAUGUCCAUAUUGUCUCAACAGCCAAAUACGGAUUUAAAUCAAUCCUCGUUAAUUUCGGGUAUUGUUUCAAAAUUUUCUAUCAAGGGAAUAACAAGUUGAUUGAAAAUGAUUUAUACUACAGCAACAACAACACCAAUAGUUUAUCAUUCAUCAACAAGAGACGAAAUAUGAAGUAG